AUGGAACAAAUGGCCAAUGAUUUUUACCAGCAGCUAUACACGUCGGAGGGCGUUCAUAAUAUGGAACAGGUCCUGGAGACAGUUCCAACCAAGGUAACACAGGAGAUGAAUGAGCUUCUUAAUGCCCCUUAUAGCCAGAAAGAAGUGAAAAUAGCUCUGUUUCAAAUGUUCCCCACAAAGGCUCCUCGUCCGGACGGCUACCCAACACAUUUUUUUCAGCACCAUUGGGAGGUGUGCGCCGAGGAAGUAACCCAGGCUGUUCUCAAAAUAGUGGAAGGAACUGAAUCUGCACGGUGCAUUAAUGAAACUAUGUUGGUGCUUAUCCCGAAGGUAAUUUCCAGUAGAUUAAAAUUGGUUCUGCCGGACGUCAUCUCAGAAGAACAGUCGGCUUUUGUGCCAGGAAGGUUGAUAACAGAUAAUAUAAUAACGGCCUAUGAAUGCUUGCAUUUUAUGAAGAGAAAUAAAGCGAACAAAAAUCAAUCUUGUGCUCUCAAGCUGGAUAUGAUGAAGGCAUAUGAUAGAGUCGAAUGGCCUUAUCUCCAGGCUAUUAUGCUCAAGUUGGGGUUCACAGCCAAGUGGGUUGAUAUUGUUAUGGGACUGGUAACAACAGUUGGAUUCUCUGUCCUUUUCAAUGGGAAGAAGCUUCGCCAAUUCAAUCCUUCACGAGGAAUCAGACAAGGGGACCCGAUUUCUCCAUACUUGUUCUUGCUAGCAACAAAGGGCCUUUCGUGCCUUUUAAAAUCCAAAAAUGAGUCAUCCAAUUUGCAUGGUAUACAGGUAGCACCUACGGCGCCACCGGUGAACCGUCUCCUAUUCGCUGAUGACAGCCUGCUGUUUUUCAAGGCAAAUGGUAUGGGGGCUAACGAGGUGUACCAGGUUCUGGAUACAUAUUGUCAGGCAACUGGGCAACGGAUUAACUAUUCAAAAUCAUCAAUUUUCUUUAGCAAAGGAGUUCCAGAUUCAGUGAGGCGGGAAAUAAAGGAAAUACUAAAUGUACCCAAUGAAACUCUAAAUGAGAAGUACUUGGGGAUGCCGUCUAACAUUGGGAGCUCUAAGAACGGUGGCUUUAAAUAUCUCAAGGACCGGCUUUGGGGUAAUGUUCAGGGAUGGAUAGAAAGCACCAUGUCAUCUGCUGGUAAGGAAGUGCUAGUAAAAUCAGUUGCCCAAGCAGCGUGGAGGUUGCUGCAGAAUCCAAACACACUCUGCGCCCGUGUACUGAAAAGCAUCUAUCAUCCAACCACAGACAUUCUGGAGGCUGAGCUAGGAGACCGACCUAGCCAAGUAUGGCGAGCAGUUGUGCAAGGUAGAGAUAUUCUCAAGCAGGGGCUAAUCAAACGCAUUGGUAAUGGAGCAUCGACCAACAUUUGGGAACACAAUUGGCUCCCAAGGGAUGAAAUGCUUCGGCCAUAUGGCAGUCUAACACAAAAUCGCCCAACUAUGGUUUCUGAGCUUAUAACUCCUGCUACGGCCUCCUGGAAUAGGCAACUGGUGCAGUCCACGUUCAUGCCGAUGGAUGCUGACAUUAUACUGGGAAUCCCUCUAUGCACUCGAAACAUGCCAGAUUUUUGGGCUUGGCACUAUGAAAAACAUGGCACUUUUUCGGUCAGAUCUGCUUAUAACAUGAUCAUCGCAACCAGACAACGCAGAGAGGCGUGGCUCGAGGGAUCGGCAGGCCCGUCCAAUGCUAGGGCGGAGUCAGGAGCAUGGAAAACGUUGUGGAAUACUGCAGUCCCGGGGAAGGUCAGAAUGUUUUUGUGGAGAUUAUCAAAGCAGUCGCUGCCAACAAAUGACGUACGAGCGCACCGGCAUAUGACAGAUACCAGCCCGUGUGGGUUUUGUGGGGUACAGGACUCGUGGCGACAUUUGCUAUUGGAGUGCACCGUAUCGAGGAGUGUAUGGGCGCUGGGAGAUGAGGAAGUGAUGCAUAAAAUCAUAGCGACUACAGAGCCUAAUGCAAAAAACUGGUUGUUCACCUUGAUCGAGAGUCUAUCGCAUGAGAAUUUUGCCCUGCUGGCGGUCACAGCAUGGUCGAUAUGGCAUGCCCGCCGUAAAGCUAUUCAUGAGGCGAUCUACCAAAGCCCCCAUCAGACACAUUCCUUCAUCACAAGUUAUAUGGCAGAACUUGGCGUUAUCAACGAUGCCAACCGACAUCCCCGACAGGCUGUGAUUCCAGCCCAGCAACAAAGACAGAACCCCAAGAAACCACCAUCCGGUUAUUACAAAAUACAUGUUGAUGCCGCUGUUCGCGCCAGGAAAGGAGGAUCGGCUGCUGCUGUGUGUAGAGAUGAGGCGGGGAAUUAUGUUGGGGCCUCGACGUUGGUUUUGGAGGGUGUCACUGACCCUGCGUCUUUGGAAGUGAUAGCAUGCCGCGAGGCAUUGUGCUUGGCGGAAGAUCUGAAUAUCCACAAUUUUGUCGUUGCAUCAGACUGCAAACAGGUCGUGGCAGACAUUGAUCACAAUGCCGGAGGAAGAUACAGAGCAAUUAUCAGCGAGAUUCAUUUUAGAACUGCUAAUGUCCAAUGUAAAUUUACUUUUGAGUGUCGUGCUGCGAAUUACGAGGCACAUAGUUUAGCAAAACUUUCCCUUUCUAGAGAACCUGGUCGCCACGUCUUGUUUGGCGUUCCUUAUAACCAGAACCGUGUCCCACUUCAUGUGGCUUUUGAUGAAUAA